AUGUGCUUGGCGUUCGUGUGCGGGGAGGAGGAAAAGGUGCUGGGGACGCACAAGGCGCCGGGGAGCUGCCCUUUAUGCGGCGGCACGGUGAUGGCCACGGACGUGGAGAAGGCGCUGCGGCUCUGCUUCCUCCCGGUCUGCCUCAAGACCACGAGGAAGUACUCCUGCUCCCAUUGCGCCCGCCGCCUCGUCACCUACCCUGAAAGAUCGCAGAUUUAGCUGGAAUCGGUCCUCAAAAUCCCACCUUGCCUGUAAAAGUCGUAGCUUUACAGUUCUGACCACCCUGGCUGAGAAGUCUCACCUUGUAGCCUUUGAUGAAGCUCCCAGAGCUGUUCUGAGACAGUGGAAAGAGGAUGAAGAUGCAUGAUAACGGCGUAGCGCGGAAUCACCGGGUAUAAUAAGAAUGUCGUGUAAACUGAUAGCUGUUUCUCCUCUUGUUUCAUGUUCUUCUCUCUGCUCUCUGGGGAAGAAGAACCUCAAAUGAUGAACUUAAACUUUCAUGAUGUGUA